AUGGAGCCUACCCUUCCGUCCAAACUCAAGGCGUUCUUCCCUUCGUCGUCAACCCCGCAAGGGACGACUAGCCUUUCGAUUGACCAGAACUACCUCAUUGGGCUCCGUGGCCUACUCGUGUUCCAAUCUUUCCUCUUCGUCUUCUUCCAGACAUUCCUCCCAGCCGCCCUCCCGGACUCGAAGAACGUUGACGGCCCGACAUACCAGGUUGUACUUCGCAAGUCUUUUUCAGUGCUCUUCGCCAACGAGGCUCUGAUCUACUCAUGGAUUAUCUUCCUCUCUGCGCGAACUAUCUGCUUGCCAUAUCUCGCCAACAAGACUCGCGAAGUCGGUGCCUCCAGUAUCUUUCGUCGAGGUAUCAGGUUAUGGAUUCCCACUUUCAUUGCAUACUCUUUCGCGGCAGCAGCCUUUAGCACAAGCUCAACCGACUACAUCUCCGAGUUCCUGGCUUCUACUGGCAACAUCUCCACCAUCGCACCAAUGCGCCUCCGUAACUUCUUGCUCUACUUCAACUCCCUUUUUGAGAUUUUCUGGGUCAACAAGCGCUACGCUAGUCAAGCUGCCAACGAUGUAUUUCCAUCGGGGACCCUUUGGAUAGUGUCUGUGCUAUUCCAGCAAAGUUACACCGUCUACAUUACCAUGAUUAUUGUCCCGAACACCCGCACUUCAUGGCGCGUCAAGGCCAUGUUGGUCUUCAUCGUAGCAGCAUUCUGGGUGCAGAGUUGGGCCUGGUACAGUGUCACUGGUCUUAUCAUCGCUGAUGCGGUUCUCAACAUGGACUUCCAGUUCCGGUCCCUGAAGGGAUUCAAGAUCGGCAACUUCGGCAUACCGGUCUGGCCACUGUACGCCAUCAUGGUCGUAACCGGUUAUAUACUGCAAUUCGCUUUUAUCUCCGGAAAGCCUAGCAUGCGCGACAACGAACUAUACGGCCACACUGCGCUAUACGACGAUGGAUUCUUGAACGAGAACGCUGACCUGGAUCAGCCAAUGCCGAGGGUCGACAAUUACCUCAUCAUCCUUGGAUCGAUGCUUCUCAUCGAGACGUUCGAGUGGCCUCGAUCUGUGCUUCGCGGCGGUUUCUUUGUUUCGCUAGGCAAGAGGAGUUUCAGCUGGUUCCUCGUCCAAUCCAUAAUCAUAUACACCGCCGGUAUCACGCUAUACACACACAUGGUCACCGCCGGCAUGAACAGCGCUGCGAGCAGUUUCGUGUGCUUCUUGGUUUGCGCUCCCCUCGUUGCAAUCGUAGCGGAGGUUUUCUACCGUGUCGUUGAUCUGCCGAGCGUCGUACUGGCUAGAAGCUUCUGGGCGUUCAUGACGAAAUAA